AUGAGUGUACAGCACCUAUCAUCAAUUAACAAUGCAUUCAUAUCCACUGUGGACCAUCUACCGACGGACAUUAUACGUUCCUUGUGGCUAAUACAGUCAUGUAAUAUCGAGAUCAACAAGUUGGAAGACGAACUCAAGGGAAAAGACCAAAUAAGCACUUUUGAAUUUUCUGAUUUGAAACUGAAAUUGGAACGACUAUAUGCCGAGGCAACGCUGGAAGCUCAAGCACUAUAUAACCAGCUUGUAACACACAAAAUCACUUUGAAAGAUGAGCUUGAACAGCUUCAACUGCUAUCCAAAAACCGGAACACUUCCAUCGUACAACCAGAUAAACUCAAACACCAACUUGAAGAACAUUAUAAACAACACCCAUUAGCCUCUUUCGAGAAACAACCAAAAGCACCAAUCAAACUCGUUCUCAAAGUUCUGAAAAAGAAUUCUACAACCAAACCUCAAAAGAAAGAGAAACUUGUCCCGUAUGUUCCUCCACCCACAAUUGAAGAGCCCAUCGAUACUACGUUAUACUGCUUCUGUAAACAGCCAUCUAGUGGAGAUAUGAUCGGAUGUGAUAACGAAACAUCGUGCCCCAAUGGCGAUUGGUUUCACUACAAGUGUGUGGGUAUUAUGAAUAGGGUGCAAGCAUUGCCAUAUACCACUGGCAAGAAACCAUGGUAUUGUUCGGAGCACUGUCGCCAAAAAGUAGAAAAAAGGCGAAGACGGCGAUAA